GGCAUUCUAAUCCUCGUUUGGGACUCGGGCACGUGUCAGAGGCCAUUGUUUGAAGAGUCAUACCUCCUACUCACACUCUCACUCUUGGAUAUCAUGAACACCUGAUCACCGACACGCAUCUACAACAACUUUCAAUAAUCAAGAACAAACAUCACAACAAUCCUACUGACAAACAACGUUCCGAGAACGAAAAUCGAAAACAAGAUGAGCGACCCACAGGCGCUUCAACCAGGCUCUGGAAGCCGGAUGUCUUCCAGGACCAAGGAUGACUGGGAAGACUGGGAAGACGACGAGGUGCUGACGCCCAUGACGACGAGAGAUGGCCCUCUACUUGACGCGGCACCUGGGAGGGCAGGAGGUGCGAGGGGAGAGGCGGCAGGGCACCCAGAACGACGACCAUCUCGGCGGGUUUCUGGCGUAACUGCCCGGCCGUCGAUGAAAGGGUUGGGGAGGUUCACCUCCCGCCGAAGACAAAAAGCCCAGAAUGUGAAAGCUGGUAUCACUCUAGUCACCGACAUGACCAAGUUCCAGAAGCAAAAACAACAGCACAUCGCCCACCAUAUGAAACCGACCCACGAUAACCGAGAAAGCCGAACCGGCAAGUUCGUUGACGCCGCUGCUCUGAAAGCUCUCGAGGGCGCCCCAUCUGACGAUUCUAUCGGCACCUUUGCCUGGCUGACACGGCGACCAACCAAGGGCAAGAGGAUCGAGAGGCUGGUCGCCGAGUCCUCUCCGCAGGCCGAUUUAUCGCCCGGAGCCAGGCCCAUCAUGAUCGGUUUUGAGAUGCCCUCCGACUCGGAUGUGGUCAUCAGCCCGCAGACCGCCGUCGUCGAGACCCCGAUCGAGUUCCCCCUGGUUUUCAAGCCGACCAACGUCACGUCCCCAAGCCAGCCCGUUUCCGCCUGGUCUCCCGAUACCGAGGACGGCGCCUCUCCAAGGAUGGUGGAGCGAGGGUUCGUACCCGCAGUUCCGUCGAUCCCAAGCCAUUACCGGGCUGCCGAUGUCUCGCCUAUCACGGCGAGUGACCAUGGGGACGCCUUCUCAGCGGCUGGCGAGAGGAGGAACUUCCGAGACACAGCCACCACGCCGAUUUAUGUCAGCGAUAACGACGAUGACAUGGCCACACCAGUUACACUGUUUGAAGAAGAUGGAAGUCCAGCAACCACACAAAGAAAAUCGCUGAGGUUCAAAGGCCGGCCACGGUCAGGAACGGGUGGGAGCGCACGAUCCAAAGGCUGGUGGGACCAGGUGACCUCCCCCUUCGGACCGCCAACACCCCGAAGCCCGGCUUCAAUCCAAACCAAGCCUGAUGAGGGGCAAUCGUGGUGGAAUGACCUGGAUAAGAAAAAGGCUUUCUCCCCCGCCACGCCCAUGUCAGAGGCUGGAUCCUCGAGCGGGUCACGGAACAUUCCCAGAACUCAUCACCAUCAACCCCCAGAGAUCAUUAUUGAAGACAUGUCGUCCUCGAUCCCUUCAUCCUCCAGGACGGCCGCGGCGCCUCCACAGCGGCAACCCGAGCGGCAACCCGAACCCGAGAAGCGACGCGAAAUGGUUGAGGAGGUACAGACACCCGGCGAGCAGCCGCCCCCAUACUCGCCACCAUCAAGAAACAAUAAUGCCCGUUACCGUGCAGUUUUCCCUCCUGGGCAUCCGCUCAACUCCCUCUAUCCGCCUUCUCCCGGUCCAGUCCCGCCCGGCCUGUCACAAACCAUGACAUCCCAGGGCGCGAUCGACCUCUCAGACGUCCCGUUGACACCGCCCCCCACCGAUCAGAGGCUGCCCGACAGGCCUCUGGGGUCCUUUGUGCCCGGCGAUCAUUUUAUUGACGUUUCCGGGCGUGGCCCGAGACAAAAGGCAGAGCGGCAGCGGCGUCGGCACGAGAAGGAGGAUGCGGUCGCCUUCCAGGCGGGCAGGAUGUGGCAUGGCCGUGGCUGCUUCCCUUGCUGUGGCUGCUUCGGCAGGCCCGGCCGCGAGGGGAGGAAGCGAAGACGGUGGUGCUUGGGCAUCUGCAUCGCAAUCCUGUUGCUGACGGCGCUGGGAGUCACCCUCGGCAUACUCCUGACGCGGCAAACCGCCCCCGAGGAAAUCAUUCCCUCGCGGUUCCUCAACCUCACCAAUUUCCCGCCGAUUCCCACGGGCAUCUCGACCGUGAUCGGCCCCGAAUCCGACUCGACGACGGCGUGUGUCCAGCCGCCAACGCUCUGGACCUGCGCCCUCCCUAAGGAGCAAGCCGACUCUGUGGCGCCGUUCGACGCCAGCCAGCCCAGCUUCGUCAUCCAGAUCCAGUUCGACAACAACACCCGGCAGCUAUGGAACGUCCAAGGGGACCCUCCCCGCCCUACCCCCACCGACCGGGGCGAAUCGUUGCCGCUACCGCAGCCAAUCGAGACAACGACAGCGGCGACAGCCACCCCGACCACGAGCCCGCGUGCCGUCCCAGUCACGGGGUUCACCUCGCUCGUCCGCCACCUCCUACGGAAGCGCGACGACUCGGGAUCCAGCCUCGCACUGCGAUCAGAGCCACCACCGCCCAGCUUCCAAGAGAUCUUCUUCCUCGGCAACACCACCGACGGAGUCGUCUCAGACGACAAAGCCGGCGAGCCAACGCCCUUCUACAUCAGCAUGCUGCGCAGCACCAACGACACCGUCGGCCCCAACACCCUCACCCGGCGCGCCGACGACGACGACAACGACAACAACAACGGCAUCAACUUCAACCCCCAAACCAACAUCACCGCCGGCCAAGCCCUCAUCAACGCCUCCGACAUCGCGCCGCCACCCGCCCUCGACCGCGACGGCACCGGCGCCCCGGCCGUACUCCUCGCCUUCCCCACGCAGCAACCGCUGCGCCUGUACGACCGCGGCCUGCCGACGGAGCGCUACGGCUUCUACAGCUACUUCAACAAGACGACCUACGUCAAGUCGGCGGCGGCGCUGGGCGACGACGGCGACGACGACGAGACCCCCGUGCCCGCCGACCUCAACGGCGGCGCGCUCAAGACGGAAGCCAAGUUCCUCGUCACCUGGCUGUCGGUGCGCUACAAGGUGGAGAUCUGGACGCGCAUGGCGAAUACCACCAGGCUGGUUGGGGAUAGGGGCGUGAGCGGCAGCAAUAGCACCCAGCCGGGGUCGUUUCCGUAUCCGGUGACCGUCACGAUGGACACGCAUGGUGGUGAGCGCGGGCGGAAGUUUGCGUUUCUGAGGGGGGUGGAUGACCGCCAAAGGAUUAUCUUGGAUGAUGCGCUCUUUGUGCUGAACCGGAUGAAUACGACGGGGGAUCUGAUCAAUGCGGCGGGGGGGUUUAAUCCGAGUUUUGGGGGGAUGGAUGGCGGGACGGGGGGGUGCAAGUGCGAGUAUAGGAAUUGGCUUUCAUGGGCCACGGUUCGUGCCAACCGGAAAGCGAUACAUACAAGGGUUAGGAACAAUGAAGAGAGAGGUGUGGUGACACUCGCCAUCGAGACAUCAUGCGAUGACACUUGCGUCGCCGUCCUCCAAAAGUCGGGCGACGCCGCCAAGGUAUUGUUCAACAGCAAGGCCACAUCCGAUCACCGGAAAUUCGGCGGCAUCAAGCCUGACGAGGCCGUCCAGGGACACUCGGCCAACCUGCCUAGACUCCUGCAGGCCGCCAUACAACAGCUGCCCAUCGACCACCCCAAGCCCGACUUCGUCAGCGUCACCCGCGGGCCCGGCAUCACCUCCGCCCUGUCCGUCGGCCUGACCAUGGCCAAGGGCCUAGCCCUGGUAUGGGAACGGCCACUAGUCGCCGUGCACCACAUGCAGGCCCACGCCCUGACGCCGCGCUUGGUCGAGGCGCUCGCGAACUCCAAGCGGCCACCGCCGGAGGACUCGGCGCCGCGAGACGCACAGCCGGCCUUCCCCUUCCUAAGCCUGCUCGUGUCGGGCGGGCACACCCAACUCCUCCUCACCCGGUCCGCCGUCUCGCACGCCACGCUGGCCGAGGCCGCCAACGUCGCCAUCGGCGACAUGCUCGACAAGUGCGCGCGCGCCAUCCUCCCCGCCCACAUCCUCGCCAACACCCCCGACGUCAUGUACGCCGCGGAGCUGGAGCGCUUCGCCUUCCCCAAGCAGCCGCCGCAGCAGCAACCGCAGCAACCACAGACCCACCCACCACCACCACCACCACCAACACCCAACAACGCACCACCCCCACCACCCCCCAACCUAGACCCCGACCUAAACCCAGACCAAACCCUCUACACCUACCACCCCCCAACCCGCCGACGCGACGAGAUCCAACCCUACACCUCCCCAACCCACGGCUGGACGCUGACCCCGCCACUCCACGAGAGCCGCGCAAUGGCCUUCGACUUCUCGGGCCUGGGCGGCCAGGUGCAAGCCAUCGUGCAGCGGAACCCGGGCAUGGACGAGGCGCAGCGCGUGGAGCUGGCGCGGGAGACGAUGCGUGUGGCGUUUGAACAUCUGGCGAGUCGGGUUGUUUUUGUGUUGGAUGGGAUGCGGGCGGGUGUGGAGGGUGGGGUUGGGAAGGGGGAGAAGAAGGCAGUGCUGCCGGUCAAGACGCUGGUGGUGUCGGGCGGGGUGGCGUCGAACCGGUUUUUGAUGUACGUGCUGCAGCGGGUGCUGGAGGUGCGCGGGUAUGGGCGGGAUGUGGUGGGGAUCGUGCGGCCGCCCCGCGAGUUGUGCACUGAUAAUGCUGUUAUGGUGGCGUGGGCCGGUAUGGAGAUGUGGGAGGCCGGCUGGCAGAGCGACCUGUCGGUGCUGCCGCAGCGGCGGUGGCCGAUGGAUGAUGGCUAUGAGGGCAUCGAGGACCCGGAGGCGGAGCGGGUGGAGAGGUAUAGGUGGCUGGAAGUACAAAGGGAACGGGGGGAACCAAGGGAACUGGGAGCGCGAAUGCGCGCAGCAGAAAGCCACGUAUCCAAAAAGCACGGCAUUCUCGGGGUGGAUGGCUGGCAGCGGCGGUCUCGGGAUAAGGAGAUACUGUGGCUGGCGGAGGGGGCGAAAGCGAACGAGAGAGCGAGGCAGAAAGCGAUCGAGGUAGAGAUGCGAAAGGCGGAACUGAGGGAGAGAAAGUUGGGGAGGGAAAUGCCUUCUAAGGAUCACGAGGAAUGAGGGCAAGAGAUGCAAAAAAGGAGAGACCCGGCUGAGACUGCGGCCCCGAACGAACAAGCAGCCAAGUUGAGGGACGACCGCAAUACCCAAAAGCGGAGGAUCCGGGGGAUUGGGCACUUGCCCUUGUAUAUUAAGAUACCUACCUCUGUACCAGUCUUGUACGAUCAUGUUGACAUGAUAUUUAAUAACGAGGGGUCAGGUCGGAUACUCGACCGGUUCGGCACACAUCGAUCGCACUUGACUACUGGAGCUUGUAUGUACCUUGGAAGACGUGCUCAUUGCUCUUGUUCUACAUUUACAAGCCGUGCCCGUCUCAUCAAUCCAGUCCCCAGUCCCAUUUAUUGACGCCAUGAUGUUCGUAAAAUACCAAGUCCGAUGCCACAAAGGGCGGCUCCUCGCUCACCGGACCUCCAACCCCUCUUUGAUGCCGCCGAUUUAUUCGGUAAAGUUGCUCGUGACGUUGC